UUCUAUCUUCAGCUCUUAGUGUAAUUUAGUUAAGUGACUCAACCAAGAUGAAUAGAUCGAGAAGUGAUUCGACCGCAAUCAACAUUCAGCCAGAGUCAUCAUCAUCGAGAAGUAAGCAGGCUGCUGCCAAAGGAGAAGCAUAUCAGGUGAUGAGGGUGCUAGCUUCUGAUCCCAAGCAUGAUCAUGACAAAGGAGCUGGAGUGAAGAAGGGGGUUGCGGUGCUCGACUUCAUAUUAAGGCUUGGCGCUACGGCAGCUGCUCUUGGCGCCACCGUCGCCAUGGCUUCCAGCGAACAGACUCUUCCUUUCUUCACACAGUUCUUCCAGUUUUCAGCCGGUUAUGACGAUUUGCCCACUUUUACGUUUUUCGUGAUAGCAAUGGCCAUAGUGAGUGGCUACCUGGUCCUCUCUCUGCCCUUCUCCAUAGUAACCAUUGUUCGUCCCCUACUAGUUGCUCCGAGGCUCCUCUUGCUUAUUUUCGACACUUUGGCGGUUACUCUGAACACUUCUGCGGCGUCCGCUGCCGCUGCCAUAGUUUACUUGGCUCACAAUGGGAACUCCGAUGCAAAUUGGCUGGCUAUCUGCCAACAGUUUGGUGAUUUCUGCCGGCAGUCCAGUGGGGCUGUGGUUUCAGCAUUCGUUGCAGUUGUUAUCUUCACUGUGUUGAUUCCGCUGUCUGCAAUUGCCCUCCGAAGAGCUUAA